GUCCAGUGAGAGCGGAGGAUGCCAGUGAUGAGUCAAAGUGAUACCUGUCUGUGGACUCGGCUCCCACAGAGCAGCCGGUCUCCGUGUGAUCGCUACAAGCACGCCUGCUGCAGCUACGAUGGAAACGUCUACAUCCUGGGAGGAAGAGAGAACAGCUGUCUGAGGGACUUCUGGAGGUACAACGUGGUGUGUAACGAGUGGACAGAGCUGAGCUGCACUGGAGAUGCUGCACCUGAAGAACUAGAGGAACAUACUAUGGUGGCUCAUGAGGGCUUUCUCUAUGUGUUCGGAGGCCUGCUGGAUUCUGCUUACACCAUGUGGACGACUCCCCUCUGGGUGUUUGACAUUGCAAAGAAGAAAUGGGUGCACUGGAAGGGAAAGACGAGCUCCCGCCAGACCCAAAUGCCAACCAACAGAAAAGGACACAGCGCUGUGGUGAUAGGCUCGUCGAUGCUGCUGUACGGAGGCUUUGUGGACAUGAAAGGAUCCUCGCAGGAAUUCUGGAGUUUGGAUUUUGAUACCAUGGCGUGGUCCCUGCUAAGUGGUUCUCAAGAGGGCUCAGCAGGACCAGGACCCAGACACAGCCACUCUGCCAUGGCCCAACAGAGCUGCAUGUACCUGUUCGGGGGUUUGAAAGGUUUACGGGAGCAGAGAGACUUCUGGAAGUGGAGUGCCUUCAAUCACACAUGGACUUCACUGAAAAACAAGUCCGGUCCCUCUAAACUGAUGGGACACUCUGCUGUGGCCUACAAGGACUACAUGCUUCUUUUCGGCGGAGGCGAGAGCCAGAACUCUCCAAACAACUGCUUGUGGAGGUACAGCUUCACCUCCCAAAGCUGGGAGAAGGUACCCACACUACCAGGCUGCAACCCUCCAGGCAGGAUCCACCACUGCUGCACCGGACUGGGCCCCAGCUACAAGUCCAACACCGGCAGCACCUGCUCCAGCUCAGACCUGGAACAAGGUGAGAAGCUCAGGCCCUUCAAGAACAAAUGCUUCCCUGCGCCGCUCACUUUCCUGGGGUCGGAGGGCGCUAUAGAGCUGGAGACGUUCAGCCCGGACAAAUGCUACGCUAACAGGAAGGAGAGCUCGACGGGAAAAGACGCACAGCUGAUCGGAAACUGUUUGACAUUCGAGAACAAAGCUUUCAAGAAACAGUGGAGCUACUCAGAGGAGGACGGAGAUAUAACCCAACACCUGCCUGAUAUGCUGCUGGUGGUGGGGGGGCGACCGUACACCGGACACAGCCCCAUCUCUGUAUGGCAAAUGACCCUAACUGACUCUUAACUAUCAGAACAAAAGCUUUUCACUAUAUGAGACGCAUGAAAAAAUAACUUCAGUGUUACACUAUCACUUUUGCCUUUUACUACAUUUCAAGUUUACUGAUAUUUACAGACACUGCGAG